UUUUUAUCUUUUUGCUGGGUUUUGUUGGUUUCUUCUUGGCUUUGGGUUUUACCAAUAUCGUCAUGGUUUCCCUUUUUGUAUUUCAUGAUAUGCAUAAGGGACUUACAUAUUGCCAAAAGAGUGGAAGAUAUUGGGUUUUAUGCAGGCUUUGUUGGUUCUUCAUACAUGCUUGGGAGAGCUUUGACUUCUCUUGUUUGGGGAAUGGUAGCUGAUAGAUGGGGAAGGAAACCUGUCAUACUUAAUGGCCUCAUUUCAUCGGUUAUAUUUAACACCCUCUUUGGAUUGAGUGUAAAUUUUUGGAUGGCAAUUGUUACAAGAUUUUUUCUUGGAGCCAUGAGCGAUUUACUUGGCACGAUAAAAUAUUCACUGUGUUUCUACAUCGAUGAAAUUGGCGCACUCCUUAUUCAAGUUAGUACAGUAUGGGGCUCAGGUCUCAUUAUUGGUCCAGCUCUCGGAGGCUUCCUUGCACGGAUAAUGCAGUUUUCUUACUUCUUGCCGUAUUUCAUUAUAUCGCUGUUUGUCGCUGGUGUGCUUAGUGUCUGUUUUUGGCUUCCAGAAACGCUGCACUAUCAUCCUGAGAGCAAAACAGCAGGCGGAGCAAUCGAACCUCUGCAGGCAUGCCUUACUGGGUCUGAUACGGGAGAAAAGGAUGUAGGAAACGAAAAGGGGAUUCAACCUAAUAAGGAAAAUAUUCUCUCAAAUUGGCCACUAAAGUUACCUACCAUCGUAUGCUGUGUUUUCUCCCUUCGUGAUACAGCCUACAAUGAGAUAUUCUCCCUAUGGGCUGAAAGCGAUAGAAAACUUGGAGGGUUGAGUUUUUCGUAUAUGGAUGUUGGUGAGGUUCUGGCAGUCUCAGGUUUUAGUCUUGUGGUAUUUCUACUGUUUAUUUAUAGGAUACCUAUCGUUAUGCUUUGCAAUUCUGAUGUGCAGAUUCUCACUAUACCAUUAGUUAUCGCCUGCCCAUUUAUGUCCAAGCUUUCAGGAUCCAUACUUUCAUUGGUGAACUGUGCAUCCAUAUUGAAGAAUGUUCUUUCUGUAGCUCUAUUCACCGGCUUGUUCAUCUCGCAGAACAAUGCAGUGCCUCAGCACCAAAGAGGUGCUGCAAAUGUUAUUUCAAUGACAGCCCAAUCUGUUUCCAGGGCUAUUGCUCCAGCAUGUGCAGGAGCUUUGUGAGUAUCUUUACUUCUGCUAAAAGAUCAGAAUGCGCUAUAUACAAGAUCGCUACGUAUAAGAUCAUUGUCCCGCCAAUUUUUUUCAGAGCUACCACUUU